AUGAACGUGAAGAUUGCAGAUUCUAUGAUAAAUGCGGUGGUUAACGAACGCAAUGUAGAACUUUGGCACAACCGACUUAGCCACAUGAGCGAGAAGGGCUUGACAGUGUUGGCCAAGAAGAAUCUCCUCCCAGGUGUACAAACGGGUUUUCUGAAGAAGUGUGCUCAUUGCUUGGCAGGGAAGCAAACCAGAGUUGCCUUCAAGAGAGUUCCCCACCCACGCAAAAUGGCUAUUUUGGAUAUGGUCCACUCUGAUGUAUGUGGUCCAAUGAAGACGAGAACACUUGGUGGUGUCUUUUACUUUAUGACUUUCAUCGACGAUCAUUCAACGAAGAUUUGGGUGUAUAUGUUGAAGUCAAAAGAUCUAGUUAUAGACGUCUUCAAGAAGUUUUAUGCUCGUGUGGAACGAGAAAAAAGUGUGAAGCUUAAGUGCAUCCGAACAGAUAAUCGAGGCGAAUACUACGACCCAGUUGAUGAGUAUUGUAGGCAACAUGGCCAUGAUACUAGAAAGAUUGCUCAGUUGAAGAGAGAGUUUAGGAGCGGCAAAAAGAUACUCGGUAUGAAGAUAUCUAGUGAUAGAAAGAAUAAGAUGCUAUGGUUAUCCCAGGAAGACUACAUCAAGAAGGUACUUGAGAAGUUUAACUUGAGCAAGGCAAGGGUGGUGAGCUCUUCACUUGCAGGGGAAGCCGUGUCGUGGCAGUCUAAGCUGCAAAAGUGUGUUGCGUUGUCUACCACAGAAGCUGAGUACAUUGCGAUUACAGAAGGUUGCAAAAAGGCUUUGUGGAUGAGGCGAUUCCUAGAGGAAUUAGGCUUGCACCAUGAGAUGUAUGUUGUGUUCAGUGAUAGCCAAAGCGCUAUCCACCUCUCUAAGAACUCGUCUUUUCAUUCGAGUGAGAAUGGUGCAGACAUGAUGACGAAGACUUUCCCAAAAGAGAAGCUUGAUGUAUGCCGGCGAAGAGCGGGCUUGUUGGAGCCCACCACUUGA